CGCACUUCCUGAGCGGCGCCAAUGCGCGCGCCCGCCAGCGACGCGAGCCCAUGACCCUGCCACCCAGCGGGCUGCACGCCGACGCGCGCCUCGAGGACUUGAAGGACGACGCCACCGCCGCGCGCACCACCACGCCCCUGGACGGCGUGCCCGUCCCCGUCAUGCUGCAGCCCGCCGUGCUGGAGCCCGCCGUGCUGCCGCCCCCGCCCGGCCGCAUGCAGGUCUCGUACUCCACCUCACCGCCGCCGCCGCUGUGGCCGGCGGGGGAGACCAAGGUGGUGGAGCUGAUCGAGAAGACCCCCGAGGCGAGGAGCCAGUUCGAGCAGGAGAGAGAGAGGGAGGGCAAGCUGCGCGCGUCCUCGUCGUCCUCGUCGCGCAUCCCCGGCUUGUCGGCGUUCCAGCAGCGCGUCGCCAUGGUCGCCGACGAGGCGGCCAAGGACUCGGCGUCGGGCGAGGACGCCGUGCGCUUGCGGCGAGGACCGUCCUCGGACUCGCAGCCCCAGCAGCCACCCAGCCUCCCCGCCGGUCAGGGCUUCGGCCCAGCCAAGGAGAAGGAGGCGCCCAGGAACUUGGACGAGGAGGCGGGCGCCGUGUCCCUCACGGCGUCGGAGGGAGAGACGUUCUCGGGCGCACCGGACUCACUAGAGCCCUCCUGCAUCCAGAAAGCAACCCCAGUCCCCGCACCUUCUGCCGCACCGGCCCCCGUCCUGCCCGCUGCGCACCAGCAGCAGCAAGAGGCGACCCCGCGGCCCCGGGCCCCCAGCAGCGAGGCCUUGAGCGCCUCCACCAGCAGCGCCCCCAGGCAGGCCAUCGGCGCCAAGGGUAAGUCGUCGUCUAUCGAGAGCUUGGCGUCGCCGCCGCCGCCGCCGCUGCUGCCCAAGGCGGCGUCCAGCGACAGCAUCACGGGCAUGCACCAAGUCACCAUCCCGCUGGGCUCGGCCGGAGUGAGCAUCACGCAGCGAGUUGCAGAGCCCGUCGCGCUGCCCGCUUUGGCCGCCGCGGCCGCCGCCUGCGCCGCUACGCCCACGGCGUUAACGUCGUCCACGGAGGAGCCGCACUGUGUCACCGUCGCAUGCGUGUCUCACCCCGCCUCGGCCCCCGCCACCUCCACCCCCGCCACUCCCACCCCCGCCAGCACGCAACCACCCCGUAGCGGCGCCCCCGCCGUCACGCUUGUCAACCUACCUAGUCCGGCGGCGUCCUCCCUGACGGCCAGCUCGGCGGACAGCCGCGCAGACAGCCCGACGGACGCGGACGGCCCCGUCGAAGCGGACAAAGCAGCAGACAAACUGGGCGACAGACCCGCGGACGAACCGGCCGACAGAACGGCCGACGGACCGGAGAAGACUGACAAGACUGAGAAAUGGGAUCUGCCGGCAGAGCGAAACAGCGGAGAGAGGCUGGCCGCCCUGCUGCGGCCGACCGUGCCCACCGUGCCCACACUGCAAGCCCUGCAGCGGAAGAGUCUGCCGCCCAUGCCGCUCGCCGCGGAUCGAGUGGAGCAGCCCGCCGGCGCCAAGGCCAAGGUGCCCGAGUUCAUGCGCGUGCAGCUGAACCGCGUGGACAGCAAGCCCGCCGUCAACGUGGUGCUGUCGACGGCUACCUCUCCGGAGCGCGGCAGUCGCGGCAGCAUCGGCUCGCUGGACCCGUGGGCCGUGGAGGAGGUGAUGGUGGAGGCGUCGCUGCCGGCGUCCCUGCUCGGCCUGCGCUCCAAGCGCUCGGCGAGUAAGGACGACUUGGCGGGCUCGCCGCCGACCUCGCCGCUGUCCGCGUCGCCGCCCAAGGUGCGGUCCGUCGCCACCGUGCCGCCCCGGCCGUGUAACCCGGCCGCCGUGCUCCAGCCCCAAGCCCUGGGCCGCAAGCCGCAGACCCAACCGCCACCGGCCAAGCGGCCGCUCUGCCUGUCCGAGGACAACAACAACGUCAUCAUCGUCGAGAAGAAGGACCUGAAGAAGGCGGGCGAGCAGGGCCCAGAGGACGCCGCGCCGGCCGGCGUCGGCAGGAGGACGGCGUCGCGCGACUCGCUGCAGUCCAGCACGGAGGAGAAAGACAAGAGCAGGGACUCGUCCGUCAGCCCGGUGCUCGACGGCGUGGUGCUGCGCAGGAAGUCGCUGCCCCGCGAGGCCCUCGGCCAGGACAAGGCCCGCGACGACACCCCCGAGCUCAUGAAGGUCUUCGCGCGGCGCUCCCUCAAGGUGCGCGACUCGGAGGGCGAGCUGAGUCUGCCGCCGCUGCCAACGCCGCUGCCGAGGGACUCGAGCGUCCCCGUCGUUGAGCCGCCGCAGGCCUCGCCGCCGCAGCAGCGCGCCAACCGCGACAGCGACAAGGAGAACGAGAGCUCCGAGUCGCCGUCGACGUCGCCGAAGUCGUCGCCGAAGACGUCCCCGAAGGAGGAGAGGGCGGUGACGGUGGCAGCGGGCGCGCGCUUCCAGCGUUCGGUGCCGCAGCCGUCGCAGGAGCAGCCGCCCCGGCCGGCGCCUUUGGGGGAGAAACCGACCAAGCCCGCCAAGCCCGCAGCGGCCCUCGAGCUCAUCAUCAAGGACAACAACAGCAACCGGCUGAGGGUGCGCAAGCCGGACAACGCGCUGUCCAACGGUGGCGCCGCAAACAACAAUAACCACAACAAUAACAACAAUAUUCUGAACAACGGCGCCGAGAAGACCGAGAAGACGGUGGCCGCGGUGGCGCCGUCCAGCGUCGUGGCCAAGAUGUCGGCGCGGUGGACGCUGCCCGCAGAGACCAAGCCGCCGGCCGGCGUCCCCGUGGUCGCGAGCACGCCCGCCGUGGUCGCCGCGGAGGCGGAGGCGGACGUCGCGGCGGAGGACGCCAACAGCGCCGUGCCCAAGUUCAAGCGCAUCCAGCAGCGGCGCGAGGAGUGGGAGCAGCGCGCCAAGCAGAGCAAGUCCCUGCAGAGGGCCGCGCAGUGACUCGCGGUGCGCGCGCAGUCAGCAGUCUAGUCUCGUCCUCGACCCUGUCGAAUUUCGUCUGCCUAGGACACACAAGUCAGUGCAUGGCAUCCAGCUUAGGUAGCUUUUCUCUUAUAUACAGGAAAUCUUGAUAGAUAUCAAACAUGUUCGCGUUCGGCGAGUAGACUACUCGUGUGCGUUACUAUUGCCUGCCUGCAUUCUGUUCUUCCUUGUACCAUUAUUCAAUUGGUUUCUUUCUGUAGUUCAGAAUCUUUUUGACCUUUGCUGACACAAAACUUGUGUUAUGCCUGUUGGUAAAAUAGUAGAUAUCUAUCUUAGAUUUCUUGUUUAUUUUAGGUGUCUUGUACCUUUAUAGGUAUAAAUGUGAAAUAUUAUUGUAUAUUUUGUAAUUUAUGUAUUUAUGUGUAUACACUCUCUUGUUAUCUGUUGUACUAAUUUCAGCUAAAUUGACAAAUGUGAUUUGUUUUUAUUUGACAGAGGCAUACAGUUAGUUUUAGAGAUGCAGUAACAUAAGUUUAGGUUGACUGCUUACUUCUGUAAAUUUUCAAUGUGAUAUGCGUAUUAGACGUGAUGUGAUUCAUGUACAUUGUGUUGUAAGAUUUUGAAAUAUGGCCAUAGUGAUAAAGUACCUAUCCCUAUUCUUGAUUUCGUCCAGAUACCUCCUUUACCUGGAGUGUAUACGGUUAUAGGAAGCAUAGAGAAGUUUUCCCAGAAUUUUUGUCUUAUCUCCAUUCAUAUCAAUAUCACAACACAUUAAAUCAGGCAAAAUCGUGUAGAAAACUUUAAAAAAAUUUAUUCAUAUUCAUCAGUGCCAAAGAUAGCAUCUUACUGUUUGCAACAUAUUCACUACCUGAAAAUCUCAAGCUCUUAAAAUAGCUUCCGCACUAGAAGAUAUCUGUAGAAGAGCUGCUUGUCAGGAAAUGAGUGUUAUCUUAUCACACAUUUUUCCUUAUUUGUCAUGCUAAUUUUUUCUGUUUAGCUGUGAAAAUCCCGAUCUACCAGAGCACUUGGGGGUUGGAUUUAAUGUUAUCCUCAGAAAUGACAUUGAUUGCUACCACUGUAUUGUCUACCUUUUUUUUUCUCUUGCUGAUCAUAUUAUCAUUCCUUGCCUGGGUCUUGGCAUUAUAGACCUUUGAGCAAGUUACAUGGUUUUGCCAAAACUGUUGGCUGUGUUUUAUGAACUUCAAUAUUAAUUGUAACAUUUGCUGUAAACUGCAUCAAUGUAUUGAUAUUAACAACACAAUGUUUUGAGUAUGUACUGAUGUAGAGUAUAAAUGUGUCUAUUGAUUGGAAAGUACUCAAUAGUUUAUAAAAUGAAUAAAUCUCCAAAAUAUUUGUUGAAAUUUUAUUAA